AUGUCGUCAAGAUUGAUGAGAAAGGUCAAAAAGGACAAUGAUCUCUUGGACAAUAAUAAUCAUAGCACAGCAGACUCGAGUGACGACGAUGGCACUAGUGAUGAGGAAGAGUCACCUGUAGUACAACAAAAGAAAAAGGUUGUAUCAUCAUUCUCAAUGUUGGGUUUAAGUGAUCAAGAAGAUGAAGAUGAUAAUGAACAACAACAAGAAGAAGAAGAUGAAGAUGAAGAAGAAGAAGAAGAAGAGGAACAAGUUGUAGAGGUAAAACCAAAACAAUCCAAUACUCCUAAACAACCUCAGCAACAACAAUCAUCAUCAAAGAAUAAGAACAAAAAUAAGAAGGGUAAACAACAACAACAACAAUCUCAACAACAACAAUCAUCAUCAUCAUCAAAGAAUAAGAAUAAGAAAAAGAAUAAUAGUAAUAGUUUAAAUAAGCAAUUGGAUGAAUUGGUUGAUAUUAUAAAUGACAAGUCAUCAUCGACAUCGACAUCUACCUCUACAACAUCUACAACAUCUACUUUAUCAUCAUUAUCUGAUCCAACAGGAUUAAGAGAUAUGAUUAUCAUUGAACCAAAGAAUAUGAAUCCAUCAAAUGAAUUAAAGAAAUUAUUUGGUUGUAAAAUUGUAUGUCAUACAACAGCAGACCAGACAACCAAUAGUGAUAUUAGAGAAGUUGAAAAGAAUACUAGUAAACAACAAAAUAAUCCAUAUUAUAAUAUUAAUUUACAAUUGGCAAAAAAGAAACAUUUAAUAUUUGUUUCACCAAAGACAGAAUGGCCACCACUUUUAAAUCCACUUUCAAUGGAGGUUGAUCGUGUUGAAGGAGCUAUUACAUAUUAUCGUUUGAAAUGGACAGAAAAUUAUCGUCGUGUACAACAAGACUUUUUAACAGUUCUUCAAUCUCACGAUCCAAUGACUAUUGCCGAACUUUUAAGAUACUAUCCCUAUCACAUUGACUCUCUUCUUCAACUCAGUCAAGUUUGUCUUCAAACUGCCGAUUUCCAACAUGCCGGUGAUUUUGUUGAACGUGCCAUAUUUGCAUUUGAAAGUUCUUUUCAUCACAACUUUAAUCCUUUACUUGGUAAUUCAAGAUUUGAAUAUAAAAUUCAAGAUAAUAAGACUGGAUUUUUAUCAAUAUUUAGACAUAUUCAAAUUUUAGGUAGAAGAGGUUGUCCAAGAACAGCUUUGGAAUAUUGUAAAAUGUUAUUAUCAUUUGAUUAUAAUGAUCCAUUAUAUGUUAGAUUAAUUAUAGAUUAUUAUGCACUUCGAUCAAAACAAUAUGGUUGGUUGGUUGAUUUUUACAAAAAGGUUACAAAGAUUGGCAAUCAGUCACUUUACCUUUUACCAAACUUUUGUUAUUCUAGUGCAUUGGCAAAAUUCUUUUCUGAAAAGGCAGGCAACGCCAAGCACGAGGAAAGCAGUAAAUGGUUACAGACAGCUUUGAUCAGAUUCCCAAUGCUCCUGAGACCAUUGAUUCAAAAGUUAAAGACAACUUUAUUAUCAACUCAAACCAAUUCAACAUUUGGCAACUCUCUAUGUCGAAAGAAUCAUACGCUUUGGGAUUCGCCACAAGUCAUUGAAUGGCUCAAAGAGAAUGUAAAGGCGGUGAUUGGUCGAGUCGCCAUCAAAGAUCCUAUUAUCGAAGAGUCUAUCAACGAGGUGUUGAAAGAGUACUCGGUGGUCGAUCAAAAUAUGUUUGACCAUCUCUUCCUCAGUGAGUACUCUGAUGUCAUCCAAAGACUGCCACCCGAUGUCAUUGAAGUCAUGCGUCAAGAAGGCUUCAACAAUAUUGAACCACCACAAGGUGUUGACCCUAGAAGAGUUGGUCAAGGCUUCCAAGUCUAUCGUAGACAACCAGUUAGACAACAAGUAGUAAGACAACAACAACAACAACAGCAACAACAACAACCACAAGAACCACUCAUUCAAGAGAAUCCAGACUAUCAUCCACUCUUACAUUUUGUUCGAACCCUAUUACCAUUUGGUCAAGGUGGUGGUAAUAAUCAACAACAAGAACAAGCUCAAAGAGGUUUCCUUGAUGAUUAUGUUGAUGUUAUUUAUGAUGAUGAUGAUGAACAAGAACAAGAUGAACAACAAGAUUAA